AUGAAAUAUGAUGGGACAAAGGACCCACAGGAGUACUUAACAGCCUUUGAGGCUAAGAUGAAUUUAGAAGGAGCUACCGACACUGUACAGUGCAGGGCCUUCCCCGUAAUCCUAUCUAGCCCCACCAUCAAAUGGUUCAACGUCCUCCCAAAUAGAUCUAUAGCUAGUUUCGACGACGUCUCCAGAAAGUUCAUGGCACAAUUUCCCACCUGGAUUUCAAAGACAAAACACCCAAUCAGCCUGCUUGGAGUCAUGCAAUGGCAAGACAAGCCCACGAGAAAGUACCUCGACACAUUUAACGACGAGUGCCUAACAAUCGACAGGCUCAUAAAUUUCGUGGCCAACCUCUAUUUGACAAACGGGCUUAUGAAUGAAGACUUCAGUAAGCACCUCACAACCAAAAUAGUCUAA